AAGUAGGAACAGGGACAACAAUAUACUUAAGAGUUUGAUGGCUACAUGGAUCGCUGUGCGACAGAAUUGGGCAUCCAUUCAAUGCCGAUUAAUCACAAACGGCCAACGAAUAAUGUAAUAUUUGUAAAGCGAUGUUUACAUUCAAGUGCGAUCGAGGCGUGACCGCUGACAAAGAAAAGUUGCGCGCAACAUUUCACAGCGGUCGCGCCACGCUAGCGCUUGAUUCAAAUAAACUCUUAACACCGCUUAAAUCAUACAUUGAAAUAAAGUAACAAUUACGUAUUCCACAUGUAUCUAGAUGGCUUUGAUUGUGGGUACGGUUAAAGCAAAUCAAUCAAAGUAAGCUUGGUCAUAGCAAAUCUUGAUGAACAUCACCAGAAACAGUUUGGCCGUUCGGUAGAAGGAAGCUACUCCAAAAUUUUAGUGAUAAAAAAUCUCAGUUCAGAAGAAUGGCCAGCGCUGAAGAGAAUAACCAGCCGGAAGUGUUGCCACGAAACUCAACAAUUGAACAGGAAGCUACAGGAGAUGCAUUAAGCGUUUCUAAAGCCUCCGUCCUGUCACAUUCUUUUGAGCCAAAGCUGUCGGCCAUUAUCGAAGAAAAUGAUGCAUCCGUGGCGAAAGUAUCGUCCGCAUCUUAUCCCCAGGGAAACCGGAUUGACGAAUUGGCCCGUCCAAAGGUGAUGCAUUUGCAGGAAACAUUAGAAAAACUCGAAAAAAGCACCAACAACGAAAUGAAUGAACGAAUUACGAAAUUGAAGAUGCGAUUACGUGAACUUCGGGGGUCGGAAAAACAUAUCCGUUCGACAGAAACCGAACAAUCGUCCAAAAAAAUAUCAGGGAACUCCGAACUGAUUUUCAACAAAGUACAGUCCAGUCUGCGAAAAGCAGCCUUUCAACAGUUGGCCAAACAAAUUAUCGAUAAAAUGCCCGAGUUAAUCGUUAAGAUGCAUUAUACAAGUGGACAACAAAUUACCCCAGAAAUGAAAACUCUUCUGGACACACUAUACGCUACACUAAUUCAUUAUCUGGGGCAACCAACGAAUGAACAUGAGGAAAGAACUUUCAGCUAUCUUUGCUAUGGAUUAGCAAAAUUUUUGGAAAAAAUAAUUGAAAAUGUGCCCAACAAUCAGCAAGAAAGCGGAAGGAUUGCGCAGGAUGGGAAAUCGGGUAAAGGGCACUUUCCUUUAGCGGUUCAGCUGGCCAGAAACGCAUAUAAAGAACGCCAAUAAGCAGUUCCGGCUGUGUAGUGUUUUUUCAAAAGAAAUAUAUAGUUCCGUGGCGGUUUUCCAUGAAAAUUGUGGAAAACGAAUAGCAAAAUAAAGAAUUCAAAACAAAAAUGUAAAAAGUGCUUUUUAUUGCAGUUUUUAUUGCACCAUUCGCUAGCUGUCAAACGCUGCGGUAUUUUGUUUACAUUCUGUGACUAAUACGAAUUCGUACGAAAUAAGCAAGGCACAGUUUACUUGUUCGUUCAUUUAGGGAUUAGAAACCCAUCCAUAAAAUUUCGUGCAUGUUGAAUACAAACAGAAAUGGAAGCAGAAAGCGCCAACGAAGCCGUUGACGAUGCAUUGGAGAAUGAUGAUGAGGCAUCGCAAGUUUCUUCGAUCGGCGAUUUUUCUGCCAGCGAAGAUGAAUGGAUUCCGGCAAAGGAUGAACAAAAGAAAGGUGCGGAAACAAGUGCUAAUCGAAAAGGGAAAGAAAAACCGACGAAAAUACCUGUCGGUCCGGCACGGGUAUCACGACGGAUUGCCGCAAAGAAAGGGAUCAUUUUACCAGAAGAGAACCAGAAUCAAGAACCGGUUAGUGUGUCUACUCCCGAUGGAAGCGCUAGUGAGGAUGAGUCGGAUAGCGAGAAGCUAAAGAAACCUCCGAAAAAAGCAAAACGAAAACCACCGGCCCGUAGUAAAAUGAAGUCCGUGGAGCGAAAGAAAACACUAGCCAGCGAUGAACCAAUCAAACUGACCACCUUUACCGUGGAGGAACUAUAUCGCAAAUAUCGCCCAGAUUUAGCACAUCCGGCAAGGCCAAGUACCUCGAAAGGACAAACGGUGGUACCUCCCGCAAAGCGACGGAAACCGAAUCCGGAGAGUGGUGAAGAUGGAAUGGGAAAUGAAUCUGAUAGCAGUGGCGACGAUCAUCUGGUCGAUCCGAGUGAGUUGGAUUUGAAUUCGGAUUUUUUUCGACCGUCGGAACAGGAAAAAGAACAGCGGCAAGCGGUGGAUCUGUACUUCGAUUGCAACGCUGGUGUUGAGCUGACUGAUUCAGAAACCGAAGAGACCGAUGUAGGUGAUCAGAUUGAAUGCGAUACGAAGGGUACGGCAACAGAGCCCAAAAACCAAUUGCUUGCAGAUGCGGAGCUGGGCAAAAAAUUGAUUCAGCAAAUUAAUCAAUCUAGCAAAGCGUACAUGCAAAUGGUUAAUUUGGCACAAGCUGCCACAGCGCGGGCAACGAAGGACCCCAACCCGGAUGCAGGAUCAUCCAAAACAAAGAUCACUUUAAACGAUCGCCAGCAAGAGGAUAUUGAUAGAUUGUUGGUAGCGGGUGAAAAGCUGACCACUCGAGAAGGCAAAGGUCUAACCGUUGGCUUCGGCAGAACCGAUUUUGUCAAGGUAACACCGACCAAUCAACCGAAACAAACUGAUGGACCGAAGGAGAUAGAAAUUACGCUACCAAUUGCGCCGGACGCGAACGGUAAGGCAGCAUCAUCCAAACGUACCUUCGAUGUACUGACGGCGUUGAAACGGUUUAUGAACCGGGAAAAGCGCAACAGUCAACUUCACGUCCAUAAGGUGACACUGCUCUGCUGGAUCGGUCACGGCACAUACGUGAAUAGUGCGCUCCGGAAGCCUUCAUUGAUGCGUUUCGCACAAAAGAAACUGCUGCCGGGUGUGAUGGGUCAGACGAGCCGGGUUAGCCGCCCGAACGGACUCACCAAUGUACGGUACUUUCAGGAACUGACACGCUAUUACAGACGCACCGUCACGCUCAAGGACGAUACGAUAUUUUACCGCCAGCGGCAACACCCACCGCUUGGCAAGUUCCUUAUAUUCGCUAUCGCCAAAAAGGUCACCUACUGUCGCCGUGAUUACAUUCUGCUCUUUGUACUGAUGCUUCGAAUAUUGGGCGUUCACGCGCGGCUAAUAAUUUCCCCACCGGUUCCUCCCAAACAUCUCCCAUCCGAUCAACUGUACCGGAUGAAUCCAAAGUCCCCGCAGGAGAUGGCGAUGGAGAGGAAACUGUUGCAGGACUUUCGCCUAGCGCCUCGUGACAGUAUGGUGUACGUGGCCAAACAGAAGUUGCGUGCGUUGAUCGCCAAACAAAGGGAUGCGUCACAAACGGCCAAAGGUAAACGGCGACCUGCCGGAUUUUCCAUCCCGCAGCUGGAUGGCGGUACAGACGAUCGAAUUGUAGCGCAGGAAAAGACCAAAAAGGUAAAGCUUAUGACGGGAUCGUUUUUGAAGGUGGAAAGCAAUCGAACGGUUCAGCCCCAGAAGACAGACACGGAUACGACAACCGAAACAGACGAUCAGUCCGUGACGGAUGAGGUGCAGAAAAGACGCGAACGAAUAUUGGCCGCAUAUCGUGCACGGGCGGCGAAGCUUGCUGCUAAAAAAGAGGCACAGACCGACGGCGCUGAAGAUGCGAAAAAGAAAUCGAAGAAGACGAACGGCAAGAUGGGAGUGGAUUACUGGGUGGAGGUGUUUUGUGAGCACGAAGACAAAUGGAUCACAAUCGAUGUGCUGAAUGGGGACGUCUAUAAGCUGGAGAACAUUGUGAAACAAGCAACCCAACCGAUCGUGUAUGUGCUGGCGUGGAACAAUGACGGUACGAUAAAGGACGUAUCGCCACGGUACAUCUCUCGGCUCGGGAGUAAGAAGAGCAAACUUCGCGUAGAAGAUGCCUGGCUGGAGAAAGCCUUGCGCCCGUACCGUGGUAAACGGACCAAGCGUGAUCUGAUCGAGGACGUUAAGUUCGAUCGUUUGCUCAACAAGCGGCCCUUCCCGGAGCAGAUUGGCGAGUACAAAAAUCAUCCCAAAUACGCAAUCGAACGGUAUCUUCUGCGCAACGAAGCCAUCUACCCGCCGGAUGCACCCGUCCUCGGUUACAUUCGCGAGGAACCGAUCUAUCUGCGCGACUGCGUGCACACGCUGCACUCGCGCGAAUCCUGGUUGCGGCAGGCUAAAACAGUACGGCUGUACGAGACACCGUACAAGGUGGUGAAGGCGAAGGCAAAGUACGAUCGUUUCACCGGUGCGGCUAUUACCGGGCAGACGGUGGAACUGUUCGGUGAGUGGCAGGUGAAAGACUACGAACCGCCGGUUGCGAAGGAUGGACUUGUGCCGCGCAGUGCGUACGGGAACGUGGACCUGUUUCAACCGUGCAUGCUACCGAAGGGUACGGUACAUCUGCAGCUACCCGGCCUGAAUCGUAUCUGCCGACGGUUGCGCAUCGAUUGUGCACAGGCAAUCACUGGGUUCGAGUACCGGUCCGGCGGUUGCCAAGCGGUGUACGAUGGGUUUGUCGUGUGCGAAGAGUUCCGCGAUCGGGUGCUGGACGAAUGGUACCAGGAGCAGGUGGAACUGCAGGAGAAAGAGGACGAACGGCGGCGGAAGCGUAUUUAUGCGAACUGGAGACGUUUGAUAAUGGGCCUAUGCAUACGAAAGAAGCUAAAAGAUCGAUACAACUUCGAUAAUAUGUAAGUUAUUGGGCUAAGUAAAGGACUAACUGUUUAAAGCA